AUGAGUGCAUAUGCAGCUUUGAGGACCGAUGCUGCUAGCAAUAUAGACUCUCCCGUCACACCACUAGAUGUGGAUGACAACGCUUUACAGUAUGUGAAGGGUUCUGAUGACGAGUUCAGUGACGAGGAUGAUACCAUGUCAACAGUAGACGUCAAGUUGGGAUCGAGAGCCAAUGAAAGUAAUAGCUCAACCCCGGCUUUGUCAAAGCAAAGAAUUUUCCAGUCGAAUUUUCUACCAAGUGAAACGAAUUUACAGUUUGAUGAAGAUUCGGUUUCGGUGAGACUUGAAUGUGGAGACUUCAUAAUGAUUCGAGGGAUGUUUAAGCUUCAAAUAUUGCAUGGAAAUGUACGCAUCAAUAACUGCUAUGAACUCAAUGCUGGUAAUGAUCGUAUAUACACCUUUUUCACAACAGAUCUGCACGCUUUACCGAUUAUUGCCAAUGUUUCCGCCGGGACACGAGAGAAGGACUCAAUUGCCAGGAUCAAAUUGAGCAACUACUUUACUGGAUUUAAUGACACAAAUCACAAGUUGUCAUUGAUUCAGGUAUCCCCAGAAAGUAAUACCAAAGAAAACAUAUUUAAACGAUUCACCUUUCAGAUAAUUAUACAAAGUGGCAGUCAUUAUGGCUUAUAUGUGGAUGAUUCUUGGAUCAGUUACUUUGCAUCUUCUGCUGCAAUAUCGGCACAUAAUUUGAUUGUUAUUGGAAACAAAAAUGCAGGCAAGUCUACCUUCUGCAAGUCAUUGCUGGACUAUCUACGUUUCGAAAAGAAACAAUCCGUAGUGGUCAUGGACCUUGAUCCAGGACAAUCUGAUAAUUCAUCCCCGUUUUGCAUGUCGUUGAGCGUCCAAUUGCCUCAAGGAAUCUGUGCAACUUCUGGCUUUGUAUUUGACAAGCAUGAAGAAUAUUAUGGCUUCAACAGUCCAAUGGAUGCACCGUCUAGAUACCUCGAAGUUACUCGAAAGCUUUACGCUAUUUAUCAUCAAAAAUUCAAACACAAAGGUAUGAGGUUAGUAAUAAACACCCCUGGUUGGAUUAAAGGUUAUGGUAAAACGCUUUUGCAGGAAGUAACUAGUAUUGUCAAUCCUUCUGAUUUGAUUCUCUUAACAAACAAUUUGUCAAUUGAGUCCGAAGAAAAUCAAAGUGUAUUACAAAGCAUGAAUUUUGCCACAGUGUAUUUAUUACCUGGUGUUUUUCAAUUACCUUCGAGCUCUCCAAGUCAAUUCCGAAUAGAUAACAAGCUCAUGUACUUCCAUCAAAAAGGAGGCGACAGUUUUGAUUUCAGCCACUACCUUUUAAGUACCCCUCCAAAGAGAAUUAGCUACCAGGUUGGCACCUCAGAACAGGGGGUUUACGGUGUGUCGAUUCUCAAUUACAAGGUUGAUGCCAAUUUCGACUUCCGUAAUAUUCCAUUAUUGCUUUCAUCGUUAAUUUGGGGGGUAUAUAGCGUACAGUCGUCAUGUGAUGAGGCCGUGGUUAAGGACAGCAAGUACAACCUAUAUCCUAACUUGAUAAAAUCGAAGGAUCUUGAGCUGGUUCUUGGGGCUAAUAGUCAAUUUUUGGGACUUCUUAUUAUACAUAGUAUCAACCCCUGCGAUAAUUAUUUAAAUGUUUACACACCGCCAAUUGUCCUGCAAAAGAUAGAAGGAGCCCUAAAAUCCAAGUCCAAGAUUGUCCUCUUACGAGGUGAAGGAAGUAUCCCACCAAUAGAGCUAAUGUACCCGCAAUUUCAUCAGACUGGAACCACAAUGCAAUUGCAACGCCCCCGUGUAGUCUCGUCCAAGGCACACAUGCCGUACAUAAAUACUAAAGGAAGAACAAAAAUAGGGGGUAUUUGGAAGGUGAGACGUAACAUUCUUCGAAGGAGUCACCGAAGGUGA